AUGCCAAGCUUGAGCUAUCACAGAACCCUACUUGUUGUGUUUGAUAGGCAGUUUGGCCACCUCUCAGCAUCCAAGAUGAAGAUUGGCAAGGGCACGGAGCUUCUGAAGAAGGUGGCUGCGACGUGCAAGAACAAGACCAGCGUGCUGGCAGCCAGGCUCCUCGUCCUCGUGUCCCUCCGUCGCAGGUUGGCCACUGUCGGCGCCUUCUCCCACAGGAUCCAUGCGCUUGUGGCUGCCGCUGACCGGGAGAAAGGUGCCAGGGUGGACUGCCACAAGGCUCUCGUGGUGCCCAAGGUCCGGAAGACGCCAGCGAUCCCUGGUGGUGAGAUUGUUGUUAAUAUCUCUCAUCAACUGGCACUGUUUGAUCCAGAGGAUGAUGGUGAUGGUGGCUGCACUGAUCGGACACUACACACCAUCUUCAAUGACGAUGACAACAACUGUUGUUACACCGAAGAUUGUGAGGUGGGUGACGAUGAAGAUGAUGGUCAUGUGCUACUCGAUGAGUGUGAUGAAGACGUCGAUGACCAACCGCCGGUCAUAGAUGUAAUCCGGAACAACCGAGAGGCACAGGGUUUAGAGUUCAGCAUUGACAACGAAAUUGAUCAGGCUGCUGACAUGUUCAUCACAAGGUUCCAGAAGCGGAUGAAUCAGAGCUUCUAG